CCCCAACCUUGCUUCCGGAUGUAGGCCUUGGGGUAUCUUUCUAGCCUUCUCCGGCCUGGAGGUGCUCAGUCCCACAGAGUAGGUCUCUGGGCUUUGGGUGGGAGGUUCCUUAGGGAUGGACAUCUUCGUUCUCCUUUUCCACCUCCCUUUUGUGUAAUGUAACAAAUCAUGUUGGAUUUUUGAAUUCAAAAUACUCAGUCUUUAAUUUUUGUUGUUGUUGUUUGUUUUUUUCCUGGUUAAAAUUGAGUUGUUUUCUAGUUAUGUGUCAGUAGGUAAAUAUUCUCCCUACAGAAGAGGAUAUUAACAUCCUCAAGAUGCUAAUUUAGUAGUGUUUUAAGAGUAUUUGGCAUGUUAAUUUUGAGGGAGUUGAAGUCUAUGGCUCGGGCAGUUAGAUUUUCAUGCUAUUAAACAGUGAUCUCCCUUUGUUAAUUCCGCAAAUAUUUACCGAGCGCCGCUCUAGGUCCGUCAGUGAACAAAACAAACACAAAUCGCUCUGUUUUGGGAAGUUUGCAUUUUGGAGAGAGAUAGGCUGUAAGUCAAAUGCCUGGUAUGUCAGAAGGUGAAAAUUCCAUGGAGAAUAAUAAAGGAAAGAGAGAUGAGGAGUGUGGAUGAGGGACCUUUUAAAGAUGAGUGAACGAACGUUGGAAAAAGGACAGCAGCGGAAACUUCCUGAAUGGAUGUCUACACAGAAGAUCUAUACAGUAAAAGCAAAAAAGCUCAAGGCAUCUGUUCAGAAGAGUGUUUUGGAAGAUGACCUGCCCUUCUUAGAAUUCACUGGAUCCAUUGUGUACAGUUAUGAAGCUAAUGAUUGUUCUUUGCUCUCAGAAGAUAUUAGCAUGAGUCUCUCUAAUGGAGAUGUGGUAGGAUUUGACAUCGAGUGGCCACCAGUGUACAAGAAGGGGAACCUGGGCAGAGUGGCGCUCAUUCAGCUGUGUGUGUCGGAGAGCAAGUGUUACUUGUUCCAUGUUUCUUCUAUGUCAGUUUUCCCUCAGGGACUAAAAAUGUUGCUUGAAAAUGAAGCAAUUAAAAAGGCAGGUGUGGGAAUUGAACAAGAUCAGUGGAAACUUCUACGUGACUUUGAUAUCAAAUUGAAGAGUAUUGUGGAGCUGACAGAUGUUGCCAAUGAAAAGCUGAAAUGUAUAGAGAGCUGGAGCCUCAGUGGUUUGGUUAAACACCUCUUUGGUAAACAGCUUCUGAAAGACCGGUCUAUCCGCUGUAGCAACUGGAGUAAGUUUCCCCUCACUGAGGACCAGAAACUGUAUGCAGCCACUGAUGCUUAUGCUGGUUUCAUCAUUUAUCAAAAAUUAGAAAAUUUAAGUGAUCCUGUACAAAUAUUUGUCAAGAGUAAAGAGGAGGAAAUACUACCUAGUGACGUGAAGAAACAAUUGACUUCGCUCUCCAAGGAGAUGAUGGAUCUGGCUGAAUGUCUUCCGGAUACUUUUGGAAAACUGGAAAAUCCACAGAGGGUUUCCCUACUACUGAAGGAUAUUUCAGAAAAUCUGUGUUCAUUGAGGAUGAUGAUGUUUGGCUCUACUCAGAAGGAACUGAGACCCAGCAGUAAUUUUCACUUACCGCUGGAAGAACCAACUGCUGGUGAAGUACAAGAGAAACAAAUUAGAGCACAUAACAUUUUUCCUGAAAUUAAAGAUGAGGCAUUGGAUGCAACUCCUGAUGAUUUAAUUCAACAUGAUGGAGAAGAGGUACUUGGAAAUCAAAUGAAACAAGAAGAUGGAGUUGAAGAUGGACUGGAAGGCAAUAAGUUGAAAGAGGAUACAGAAAGAAAUUGUUUGAUGUCAUUAGAUAUUACAGAAGAUGAGCUCCAACUUUUGGAACAACAGGCUCAGGAAAAACAUCUUACUGAUGUUACUUGCACAUCUCCUGAGCAUUCAUCUUUCAAGGAUAAUGAAGAGGAUCUGUCUUACAUAAUUGAGAGUGAUGAAGAUUUAGAAAUGGAGAUGCUUAAGUCUUUAGAAAACCUCAACAGUGGCAUGGUAGAUCCAAAUCAUUCAAAAUGCAUAGAAAUGGAAAAAAAUCUGGAUCUUCCUUCUGAAGAAGAUGAUGAAGAUGAGAUUGAAGCUAUUGAAGAGGAAAAAGAAGUUGAUGAAGACUGCCUGUUACCAAGACCUACUGAAAAGCAAAUUAACUGCCUCAAGACCUACUUUGGCCAUUCUACUUUUAAGCCGGUUCAGUGGAAAGUGAUUUAUUCUGUACUGGAAGAAAGAAGAGAUAAUGUUGUUGUCAUGGCAACUGGGUAUGGAAAGAGUCUGUGCUUCCAGUAUCCACCUGUUUAUUUAGGUGGGAUUGGCCUUGUCAUCUCUCCCCUUAUUUCUUUGAUGGAAGACCAAGUGCUUCAGCUUGAAAUAUCCAGUAUUCCAGCUUGUUUUCUUGGAUCAGCACAGUCAAAAAAUGUUGUAGAGGAUAUUAAAUUAGGCAAAUACCGGAUUGUAUAUCUAACUCCAGAAUUCUGUUCAGGUAACUUGGACCUGCUUCGGCAGCUUGAGGCUAAUAUUGGUAUCACACUUAUUGCUGUGGAUGAGGCUCACUGUAUUUCUGAGUGGGGACAUGAUUUUAGAAAUGCAUUCAGGGCUUUGGGUUCCCUAAAGGCAGUACUCCCGAAGGUUCCAAUUGUUGCACUGACUGCUACGGCAGGUUCUUCAAUCCGAGAAGACAUUGUACGUUGCUUAAAACUGAAGGAUCCUCAGAUAACCUGUACUGGUUUUGAUCGACCAAACUUGUAUUUAGAAGUUGGACGAAAAACAGGAAGCAUCCUGCAAGAUCUGAAGCAGUUUCUCGUCUGUAAGUCAAGUUCUGCUUGGGAAUUUGAAGGUCCAACUAUCAUCUAUUGUCCUUCCAGAAAAAUGACAGAACAAGUUACAGCUGAACUUAAAAAACUGAAGUUAGCCUGUGGAGCAUACCAUGCAGGACUGAGUGUUAACUUAAGGAAACAAGUUCAUCAUAGGUUCUUGAGAGAUGAAAUUCAGUGUGUCAUCGCUACCGUAGCUUUUGGAAUGGGCAUUAAUAAAGCUGACAUUCGCCAAGUCAUUCAUUACGGUGCUCCUAAGGAAAUGGAAUCCUAUUACCAGGAGAUUGGUAGAGCUGGCCGAGAUGGACUUCAAAGUUCUUGUCACGUUCUCUGGGCUCCAGCAGACAUGAACCUAAAUCGGCACCUCCUUGGUGAGAUACGCAGUGAAAAGUUUCGAUUAUACAAAUUAAAGAUGAUGGCGAAGAUGGAAAAAUAUCUUUAUUCCAGCAAGUGUAGGCGACUAAUCAUCUUGUCUCAUUUUGAAGACAAACAACUACGAAAGGCCUCCGCAGGAAUUAUGGGAACUGAAAACUGCUGUGAUAAUUGCAGGUCCAGAUUGGAUCACUGCUUUUCCCUUGAAGACUCAGAUGAUAUGUUACAGGACUUUGGUCCACAAGCAUUCCAGCUCUUAUCUGCUGUGACCAUCUUGGGAGGAAAGUUUGGCAUUGGGAUUCCAAUUUUAUUUCUCCGAGGAUCUAAUUCUCAGCGUCUUGAAGAUAGAUACCGCAGCCACAGCGUCUUUGGUACUGGCAAGGGCCACACUGAGACUUGGUGGAAGGCUCUUUCCCGUCAGCUCAUCAUUGAGGGAUUCUUGGCAGAAGUUCCUGGGUAUAGCAAAUACGUAAAGAUUUGCACCCUUACAGAAAAGGGUAGAAACUGGUUUGCUAAAGCCAAAACAGAAUCUCCUCAGAGACUUUACCUUCAAGCCAAUGAAGAAUUGUGUCCAAGGAAAGUUUUUCUACCAAGUUCUAGAGCUGUAUCUUCAGGCACUGAGGAACAUGUCUCUGAUCAAGUACCAGUUAAAUUAACUUCAGAGAAGCAGUUUAACUUGGAUCAGAUGUAUUCUUACAAAGCACAUGAUAAAAUUUCUUCUGGGAGUAAGAGUCCUAAAAACAGCAUCAUAGUGUCAUCACCAGGAAAAUAUUACAAGUCCUCAGAACCUGUUAUUUCAGCUCAAGAGCAGGAGACUCAGACUGCAUUAUAUGGCGAAUUGGUAGCAGCUAGGCAGAAACAUGCCAAUACAAUGGAUGUUCCUCCGGCUAUUCUGGCAACAAAUAAAAUAUUGGUGGAUAUGGCCAAAAUGAGGCCUACUACAGUUGAAAAUGUGAAAAGGAUCGAUGGUGUUUCUGAAGGCAAAGCUAUGAUGUUGGCCCCUCUGUUGGAAGUCAUCAGACAUUUCUGUCAAAUAAAUAGUGUUCAGACAGACCUCUUUUCAAGCACAGAACUACAGGAAGAGCAGAAGAAAAGUUUGGUGCUGGAAAAUAAAGCCAACUCACUUUCACCAUCUGUGGCCAUCACGUAUUCUUUUUUCCAAGAUAAGAAAAUGUCUUUGAAAGAUACAGCUGAGAAGAGGACUCUGCCUCUCGCAGCAGUUGGCAUGCACUUGUCCCAAGCGGUGAAAGCUGGCUACCCAGUUGAUACGGAGCGAGCAGGCCUGACUCCAGAGAUUCAAAAGAUUAUUGCGGAUGUUAUCCGAAACCCUCCCAUCAACUCAGAUACCAAUAAAAUUAAACUAAUUAGAAUAUAUGUUCCUGAAAACAUUGACACGUACCUUAUCCACAUGGCAAUCAAGAUCCUGGAAAAAGAUGGUGAACACAGAAUGCUAUGCCACUCUUCAUGUGAUCCCAACAAAAAGCGAUGUUUCCCCGACUCUGAAGAGAGCUCUUCAAGUUCUAAGAGAAGCAAGGAAGAAGUAGACACCAAUACCGAGACUUCAUCUGAAACCUCCAAGAGAAAAUUACCUGAGUGGUUUGCCAGAGGAAAUGAGACCUUACCUGAUACCAGCAAGAAAUCAGCGGCCAAAACCAAAAAGAAGGGUCUUUUUAGUUGAACUGGCAGCUGCCAGAGGAAUUAUGUGUCCUGCUGUAUUAUAAGAGGGAAGCUGUAUUUCAUUUCUGAAAAGAGUAGGGAGUGUUUGUUUAAAAACUAUUCUAAUUUUAAAGUAAAACUCACCUAUUUAUUGAAUAGCUGGCAUUUUAAAACAGCCUUGGGCAAACCACAUAAAGUUGAGUCUUCUGAGAGUCUGAGUGAGUAUCUCCUAGGACAGAAUCUUAAGUUACCUUCCUAUGAGAUUGCUUUAAGAAAUCAUGUCAUUGCCUGUUUUCUAAUCUCUUCAGUUAUUUUCCUGGUAUGUUUGGAGUAUGUAAUGUGCAAUGAUUUAAUAUCGGUAACAGAUUAGGAGUUGUACAGUGAUUAUGUGUGUGAUAUGAAAUAUUCCUAUAUUACAGAAAUUCUGUCUUAUACAUGAAGGAUGCGUAUUUUACAAAUUGUUCUUUUUUUAUUUUUAGAAGACACUCUUGUACACAUUUUAAAAUGGUACUAGUGGGCCAGCCCAGUGAAAAUGAAACAUUUAGGGUUCUGUGUAAAUAGACAAAAGAAUAGAACAAAGGAGACCAAAUGCACUAGGCAGCUAUGUACUUUGUAUUUUACAUAUGAUUUCUGUUAUUUUUCAAAUAAUAAAAAGUCUUUCCUACUGAAAAUUAUAAAGAUA